AUGACAAGUACAUUAAAAAUCCUAAAGAAGAAACGCGGAGGUUUAAGAACACAGACUUCAAAACUGUGUAACAAAAUAGAUACAGCACUAGAAAGUGAGGAAAUCGCAGCAGAGCAGAAAAUUGAUCUGUUAAGUAUUUAUAAAGACCAGUUAAAUGAAAAGUAUGACUGCUUGAAAAAAUUAAAUUCGGAUAUCCAAGAUCUGACUGCCGAGUCAGAGUUUGAAAAUGAAAUAGAAACUUCUGAACAUUAUAGCGAAAGAAUAAUAGAAUUUCGGUACAAGAUUACUAAGUUUUUAAAUGAACGUGCUGCUGAAAGUCAAAAGGAAUUGUUUGAGUCAUCAAUCUCGAAAGAUGAAAGUAAUUCUCAAUCCUUCAAAAUUGAGCGUUGUAUGAAACUUCCUAAACUUACCAUACAUAAGUUUUAUGGGGACAGCAGUUGCUGGUUGGAAUUUUGGGGCCAAUUUUCUAAUGCCAUUGAUAAAAACAAAAGUUUAUCUCCUAUCGACAAAUUUUCAUAUUUGAAGUCUCUACUUGGUGGCAGCGCUUAUAAUGCUGUUGCUGGAUUUUCACUUACGGCAGAAAAUUACAAAUCAGCUGUAGAUUUGUUGAAAAACAGAUAUGGUAGAAAUGAUUUAGUCAUUAAUGCGCAUAUGGAGUAA